AUGGCAAGGUAUUCACGCUCACCUUCCCCAGAUUACAAACGACGUAAGUCAUAUCAUAACUCUCGCGGAGACUCCCCGUCGCCGACCAGGCGCCAUCACCAGGCAAGGGAGCGUGAGCGGGACAGCCACCGCGACCGCGAGAGGGAGAGAGACCGACCUAGGGACCGUGACAGGGAAAGGGAAAGGGACCGGGACCGAGACUACCGCGAUAGAGAUAGAGAUAGAGACAGGCGUCGUGAUGACCGCGACUACGAUCGUCGGAGAGACCGAACCCAUCGAGAGAAAGACAGAGAUAGAGACCGGGACCGAGAGUCUGAACGGGACCGCAAUGACCGUGGUAGGAAGCGCUCUCGCUCGCUCUCUCGCGAUGCCCCACCCUCAGCGCCUACCGAAACAUCCAAGCAGUCUACUCCUGCUCCUGCUCCUCCCCCAGAACAAUCAACAUCUACUUCAACACCAGCUCCAGCACCUACUCUCGCACCUGUGGCAGAUGUUUCUACUGCUCCCAUACCUGAACCAAUUGCUGCUUCUGUAUCAGCAACUACAACCGCGAUCAAUAGCGCCGCUGCGACUCCGCCAGCCACCAAUACGACCAAACCAUCUGGACCCGAAGACGAAAAAAUGAGAGCUAAACGUGAGCGCCUGGAGGCUUGGAAGAAACAGCAGGCGCUGGCGAAAGAGCAAAAAGCCAAAGGAGGUGAUAAGGCAUCUACCACCAAUGGCACUUCAGGAGUGAGGCCUACUGGGGCUCUGAGUCGUCCAGGUGGAAUAGGCAUCAAAGGUUUGCCUCAGCGACCCGAGGCUGGCAAGUCACUUUCUAAGGCUGCUCGCUCCAUGGACGAUACUACGGAAUCCAAUCGAAAGCUCGUCAAACUCGGGGAUAUGCCUGCAGUUGACUUGUCUAUGGAUACGAAUGCAAACGGCAUCGGUGAAAAUUUGGAAGCGGAGGAUGACGAUGAGCCUGAGCCUAUGCAAAUAGAUUCUACAAACCCUACUCCUGCUGUCGAAGAAGAGGAAGAAGAGGACCCGCUGGAUGCCUUUAUGAGUGGUGUGAAGGAAGAAGUGAAAAAAGUCAAUGCUGAGGACCGAAAGCGCAUGGCAGGCAAUGGAGAACAACUUGGUAUCACCGCAGAGGAUGCGGAGGAUGAUGUAGAGGAGACACGAGAUGUUGACGAGCUUGAUGCUACUGAACUUCGCCCGGAAGAUAUUCUAGCACUCGCUGCCAAAAAAGCCAAGAAAAAGGAUCUGGCAGUUGUUGAUCACGACAAGAUCAAGUACGAGCCAUUCCGAAAAGCUUUCUAUCAUCCACCUCCUGAUGUUGCGGCCAUGACUGAUGAUGAGGCUGAUCUUUUGCGACUGAGCCUCGAUGGCAUCAAAAUCCGUGGGUUGGAUUGCCCCAAACCCGUCACAAAAUGGAGCCAUUGUGGGUUACCUAGUAGUUGUCUGGAUGUGAUCAAACGCUUAGGUUAUACUGCCCCGACUUCCAUUCAAUCACAGGCGAUUCCAGCAAUCAUGUCUGGUCGCGAUGUAAUUGGCGUUGCGAAAACAGGCUCUGGCAAGACGAUUGCUUUUUUGUUACCUCUAUUCCGGCAUAUCAAAGAUCAGCGACCUUUGGAGACUAUGGAGGGCCCGAUGGCAAUUGUCAUGACACCAACUCGAGAGCUUGCUGUCCAAAUUCACAGGGAAUGCAAGCCAUUCCUUAAGGUCUUGAACCUUCGUGCUGUGUGCGCUUAUGGUGGCUCGCCUAUCAAAGACCAAAUCGCGGAGAUGAAGAAGGGAUGCGAAAUUAUUGUAUGCACCCCCGGCAGAAUGAUUGACCUGCUCACCGCGAACUCGGGUCGUGUGACUAACUUGCGCCGGGUAACAUACCUUGUCUUGGACGAGGCUGAUCGUAUGUUCGACAUGGGAUUUGAGCCACAGGUUAUGAAAAUUGUGAAUAACAUUCGACCAGAUAGGCAGACUGUCCUGUUUUCGGCCACAUUCCCGAAACAGAUGGAUUCAUUGGCGCGAAAAAUAUUACGGAAACCUCUCGAAAUCACGGUCGGAGGUCGCAGCGUUGUCGCAGCCGAGAUUGAUCAAAUUGUUGAAGUUCGCACGGAAGAGUCCAAGUUUAAUCGCCUCCUCGAAAUCCUCGGCCAGACCUACAAUGAGGAUAGUGAAGCCCGAACCCUAAUCUUUGUCGAUCGUCAAGAGGCAGCUGAUAAUCUCUUACGCGAGCUGAUGCGCAAAGGCUACGUGUGCAUGUCCUUACACGGCGGGAAAGAUCAGGUGGACAGAGACGCAACUAUCGCCGACUUCAAAGCUGGAGUAGUACCCAUCGUUAUUGCUACUUCGGUUGCAGCGCGUGGGCUCGAUGUGAAGCAACUCAAGUUGGUAAUCAACUAUGACGCACCGAACCAUAUGGAAGAUUAUGUACACCGUGCGGGCCGAACGGGACGAGCUGGAAACAAGGGCACAUGCGUAACCUUCAUUACUCCCGAGCAGGAACGGUAUUCCGUCGACAUAUUCCGAGCGCUCGAAGCAAGUAAGGCUACCAUUCCCUCAGACCUGGAAGAACUGGCCAAGGGUUUCCUCGACAAGGUCAAGGCCGGCAAGGCACAAAGUUAUGUGGGAGCUGGGUUUGGCGGCAAGGGCCUAGACAAAUUCGACCAAGAGCGCGAUGCCAAAGAGCGGGCUCAACGGGCUGCUUACGGUGAAGCAAUAGAAGAGAAGCCCAAGGUCGAGGAGGAAGCUAGCACCCCAACGACGAAAGAGGACGACAUGACAUUUGGAAAUUUCAAGGUCGAGAUCAGAAAGGGACCGGCGCCCGACUCGUCCAAAACAGUAUCAACCCCAGCUGGGGCGGCUGCCCGAUGGACGAAGGCCAAGGACGACGAAGCCAAAGUAAUGUCAAAUCUCAAGGCGGCUCAGGAGGCUGCGGCGAGAAUCACCAGCAAGGAUUCGGCGGCCUACAGACAGGCCCAGAGCGUUGUAGCAAAAUUCAACGCGCAACUCCGCGCUACGAAGCUCAUGGCACAAAGUCAGUCUCAGCUCGACGAUGCGGGGCGCAAACCAAAGGAUCCCGACGCGACAGAUUUCCACGCCAUUAUCCCCAUCAACGACUAUCCUCAAAAGGCGCGCUGGAGAGUGACAAACAAGGAAACUAUGGUCCAGUUGAUCGAUAUGACCGGUGCUUCCGUCACAAACAAAGGUUCGUAUAUACUACGAACCGGGCAAAGAACCUCCUCUAGAAGGGCCCCCGAAACUCACUUGUUGGUGGAGUCCAACGACGAAUUCCGGGUCGAACAGGCUGUGCGCGAAAUCAAACGACUCCUCAUCGAGGCCUCAACUGCCGCGCUUGCAGCAGAACAGCGGAACCCCACGGCUACAGCUGGUCGUUACAGUGUGGUUUAA